UAUGUCCAUUGCGGGACAAACUUUGAAGAAUAUAAUGAGUAUUGUUAAAAAUGAACGCAACUAACGAGUCGUUUAAUCCCGAAAAUGAAGCGGCGUAUAUUGUAACUGAAAAAAUAAAAACGUUUUACCCACCGGUGCUGAUGAUUUUUGGGAUAUUUGGAAAUGUUCUUUCAAUCCUUGUUUUACGUAAGAGGACUUGCUCAUCAACUAGUUUGCUUUUGAUAUCGUUGGCAGUCACUGACACAUUUGUGCUACUGAACAGUGUUCUCAAAAAGUGGAUUUUCUUUAUGCUGAACCUGGAACCAAGAAACAGUUCUGCCAUUUUCUGUAAGGUUGACAUUUUUCUAUCGUACGUACUCAUACAGCUUUCCCCGUGGAUUUUGGUCCUUGUAACUUUAGAAAGAACUUACUGUGUCAUAUGGCCUCAAAAUGUGCGAGAUGUAUUUACCAAGCGCCGUAUCGCCGUUGCAUUGUCAGCGUUGAUUAUGUGCCUGUCGGCAAUAAAUUCCCAUUUACUUUUCAUUUAUGACUUAAUAUUUGAGGAGCGUAUCCGACGGGUUAUUUGUUAUCCAAGAAACGAGACGUUCGUGUUUAAAAUUUGGACUUGGAUUGACUUAGCCUUAGCAUUUGGAAUUCCAUUUUGUGCAUUACUAACAGGAAACCUGACUAUUUUGAUACGUAUCUUAUCCAGCAAUAAGUUUAGAAAAUCAAGUGUGACUUGCAGAACAAAACGUGAAACGUCGAAAUCUGCUUUGCAAAGCAAAAAACCAGUUUCACAAUGGACAGUUAUGACCCUAAUACUGAAUACUACGUUCUUUGUGCUGAUUUGUCCGUCUGUGACGUUUGGAAUUGGCCAAGUGUACUGGUUUCCCGAGGAAGAAGCUUCGGUCGCAUCAUAUGCGAAAAUGCUACUUGUGUCAGAAAUAGUAUUUAUGUUGAUGUAUACGAACAGUGCAAUAAACUUCGUCCUCUACAUGAUGUUUGGGUCAAAGUUCAGAGCAGACCUCAAGGCGUUGCUUUUCCCUCUGAAAAGGUUUUCAAAGAACAAGAACAAAUCGAGAGCCACAAUUGUGUUGCACACAAGUUCUGGUUCACAUGUGUCUAAUUGUCAUCAGAGUUCAACACAUCAUGUGACCACAUGACUACGUAAACUUGAUGUUACCAAAACACAGUCAUUCGUGUAUCGAUAUUAUUGAGCCAGAGUAGGGUUGUGAAGCAUGUAUCGGUAUCACUGAGCGACAGACUGAUUGUGAAUCUUGUAUCAAUACUAUUGAGCGAAAGAAUUACUAUGACUCUUGUAUCGGUAUUGUUGAGCCAGAGAAGGACAAUGACUCUGGUAUCGAUAUUAUUCAACCGGAGAAGGAUUCUGAAGAUUGUAUCGAUAUUAUAGAGCUA